UACUUGUAAGCAGUUUGUAGUGCCAGACCAUAAGGACUAGAUCUAUUUCCAUCUUUCCUCGAGUUCAGCUUCUUUGUAUCCCAGUUGACGUUGAAACCAUUAAAUAAAGUUACUCCUUUUAUAAGCAUGUCUUCCAAUCCCAUUCUUCUUCUCCUGGCAGAUACUGAUGGCUCCAUAGAGAGAGAAGUCAUUGGCUCAGACCACCAACUAGAUAUGGUGAUAUGCCCGGACCUCAAAACCGGCCUCACUCCAGAGCAAUGGUCCCGAGUACAAUACAUCAUUGCCAGUCAUCUUUACACUGUUGACAAAGAGCUACAGGACCGUUGCCCUUCACUGAAAGUCAUCGUCCGACUUGGCAUUGGUGUGGACAGCAUUGACGUUGCUUACGCUGCUAGUACUGGAGUUGCCGUAUGCAACGUGCCCGACUAUGGGAUAGAGGAGGUAGCAGACACCACAGUGGCUCACAUACUGGCUUUGUUCCGGCAAACCACGGCUCUACACCAGGCGCUCCAAGAUGGUGUUUGCUACGAGACUUUCACUCAAUUUGUCGAAAAGGCUCAUCCGUCUCGACGCAUAAGAGGAAAAACCCUUGGAAUGAUAGGAAUGGGUAACAUAGGAAUGGCCGUGUGUACCCGUGCCAAAGCUCUGGGUUUUGAUGUAAUGGUGUAUGAUCCGUACCUUCGCCCUGGUACCGAUAAAGCCCUAGGUAUCACGCAAGUGGACAGUCUUGAUUACUUGAUACAGAAUAGUAACUGUGUCUCUCUUCAUUGUCCCCUUACACCAGAGACUGCUAACGUCAUUAAUUCAAAGUCGCUCCAGCUCUUCAAGAAGGACGCCUUUCUAGUCAACACGUCACGUGGAGGACAAAUAGACGAGGCGGCCCUGGCUGAAGCACUGAAGUCCGGACAGCUGGGAGGUGCAGCACUUGAUGUACAAGUUACUGAACCAUUUAAACUUAAGGGGAGCGUUUUCGAUGGAGUACCUAAUCUCAUAUUGACCCCUCAUGCUGCCUGGUAUAGUAAGGAGAGUUAUGAAGAUGUACGCACUGGAGCCAUCAAAGCUGUCAAGUUUUGUCUGACUCACAGUGAUUGCAGUCGUUUGCCAAACUUCCUUAAUGCCAAGACCAUUGAUAAAGAAGCUUGCAAGAAGCGUUGGUCCAAACUCUAGGGAACACCACGUUUUUUAAGCAAUAAUUAUACUGGUACUUCUAUAUUACAUGUAGUAUUGCUGCUGAUUUUCAUUAACUUUUUUUUCAUUGUCUUUUUAUCAUAGUGUAGCAUUUUUCAGUUGA